AUGCCUGCGAUUCAUUCGAAUGGCCUAACAAAUUCGCGAAUUGAUAGAUCGUCGAGUAACGGCCUACUUGGCAAAUCUUCCGGCGCUAUUGUCUCUUCAAAAGGUCGAACUGUGGCCAAUCCCACAACCUGGCAGCCUGCUGGAGGAAACUCCAAAGGUAGACAAAACCCUGCGCAGAAACCCCUGCAGCAACCGCACUGGUUGUUCGAGGGUCGAAACCCCAGAAUGGCGCCGCGGGCCGUUCGGUACCAAGAUCCCGUGUCGCGCUUGCAGUCUACAUUAUGCGAGCCUCUCCCACUUAUUUGA